AUGAAUUCAAUCUUCGUGUUCCUGGCACUCGUCUUAGCAGUCUACUCAAUGCCAAAUCCACCUUCAUUCCCAAUUAAAGAAAUCUGUGCGGCUUACGGGGAGAAAUGUGUGAGCAAACUGAAUAGACGGGAUUGUCCAGAAAGAAUUAUUGAGUGUGAGAAGUAUGCGAAUCAAGGAAUUCGAACCACUUGGUCUUUCUGCAUGUUCUCCAACAACUACGAUCUUUCCGCGUGCCACGAGCGUGUUCAAAUCGAUUACCAGAUCAUUCAGUCAUGGAUCAGCAAGGAUCAAUUUAAGUAUCUUCCAGAAUAA